ACUUCCACUUCCACUUCCACUCUUCUGCGAUCUCCCAUCGCGCUCUCCAUUCGCAAUGUCUUCCUCAAAAGCUGUCGGCAUUGACCUGGGCACCACCUACUCUUGCGUCGGUGUCUGGCAAAAUGACCGUGUCGAGAUCAUUGCCAACGACCAGGGUAACCGCACGACCCCGUCCUACGUCGCCUUCACCGACUCUGAGCGUCUCGUCGGUGACGCGGCGAAGAACCAGGUCGCGAUGAACCCGCACAACACGGUGUUCGACGCCAAGCGCCUCAUCGGCCGCAAGUUCAGCGACCCCGAGGUUCAGGCGGACAUGAAGCACUUCCCGUUCAAGAUCAUCGACAAGGCUGGCAAGCCCUACAUCCAGGUCCAGUACCGCGGAGAGACCAAGGAAUUCUCCCCUGAGGAGAUCUCCUCCAUGGUCCUCGGCAAGAUGCGCGAAGUUGCUGAGUCGUACCUCGGUACCACCAUCAACAACGCCGUCGUCACCGUCCCCGCCUACUUCAACGACUCUCAGCGUCAGGCCACGAAGGAUGCCGGUACCAUCGCCGGUCUCAACGUCCUCCGUAUCAUCAACGAGCCGACCGCUGCUGCCAUCGCCUACGGCCUCGACAAGAAGGUGACUGGCGAGCGGAACGUCCUCAUCUUCGAUCUCGGUGGAGGCACUUUCGAUGUGUCCCUGCUGACGAUCGAAGAGGGUAUCUUCGAGGUGAAGGCCACCGCCGGUGACACUCACCUCGGUGGUGAGGACUUCGACAACCGUCUCGUCAACCACUUCGUUCAGGAGUUCAAGCGCAAGAACAAGAAGGAUCUCUCCUCGAACCCGCGUGCCCUCCGUCGCCUGCGCACUGCUUGCGAGCGUGCCAAGCGCACCCUCUCCUCCGCCACCCAGACCUCCAUCGAGAUCGACUCGCUCUACGAGGGCAUCGACUUCUACACCUCCCUCACCCGUGCUCGCUUCGAGGAGUUGUGCCAGGACUUGUUCCGCAGCACGCUCGAGCCCGUCGAGAAGGUUCUCCGGGACUCGAAGAUCGACAAGUCGAACGUCCACGAGAUCGUCCUCGUCGGUGGCUCGACCCGUAUCCCGCGCAUCAUGAAGCUCGUGUCGGACUUCUUCAACGGCAAGGAGCCCAACAAGAGCAUCAACCCCGACGAGGCCGUCGCCUACGGUGCCGCCGUCCAGGCCGCCAUCCUCUCCGGCGACACGUCCGAGAAGACCCAGGACCUCCUCCUCCUCGAUGUCGCGCCGCUCUCGCUCGGUAUCGAGACCGCCGGUGGUGUCAUGACCCCGCUCAUCAAGCGCAACACCACCGUCCCUACGAAGAAGUCCGAGACCUUCUCGACGUACUCCGACAACCAGCCGGGUGUGCUCAUCCAGGUCUACGAGGGUGAGCGUGCGCGCACGAAGGACAACAACCUCCUCGGCAAGUUCGAGCUCUCCGGCAUCCCGCCUGCGCCGCGUGGUGUUCCUCAGAUCGAGGUCACCUUCGACAUCGACGCCAACGGUAUCCUCAACGUCUCCGCCUCCGACAAGACCACCGGCAAGUCGAACCGCAUCACCAUCACCAACGACAAGGGCCGCUUGUCGAAGGAGGAGAUCGAGCGCAUGGUCUCGGACGCCGAGAAGUACAAGGCUGAGGACGAGGCUGCCGCCAACCGCAUCCAGGCCAAGAACGCGCUCGAGUCGUACUCGUACAACCUCCGCAACACCUUGAACGAGGAGAAGGUUGCCGAGAAGCUCGAGGCCGGCGACAAGGCGAAGCUCGAGACCGCCAUCAACGAGACCAUCACCUGGCUCGACAACUCGCAAGAGGCGUCCGAGGAGGAGUACAAGGACCGCCAGAAGGAGCUCGAGGGUGUCGCCAACCCGAUCAUGCAGAAGCUGUACGGCGCUGCUGGCGGUGCACCGGGUGGCUUCCCUGGCGGCGCUGCUCCGGGCGGCUUCCCUGGUGGUGCGCCUGGCGCGUCCGAGGAGGGCCCGUCCGUCGAGGAGGUCGACUAAGCGCCUCGCCGUGCUCGGGUCUUGGUCUCGUUCUUCUUGUGCUGUCUUGGGUUGCGCGCUUUCCGUUGUUUUUGUAGCUUAGUGAUUUUCACGCAUGCUUUACGCGGACUAACGCCAACGUAAUGUUCUGAGUUAUUUACCAAUUGUACGAUAGAGCAAUGCAUUUUCUCGCAUCA